AUGCAAGAGGAUGGGAAACUAACUUUAAAUGAAAAUGUGAAGGCGGAAUCCGGGGACGAGUCAUACUCCGGUGAUAAGGGUGUGGAGAGUGCAGAAAGACUAUCUGAUUUGAAUAAAGCGGAUAGUAAUAACCAGAAUCAACCCGGAGCACUAGCACAUUUGAAUAUUAAAAUUCUGGACCAAAAUGAUUUUGAAAAACAAGUGGAACACGAUGCAGAUAAAGCGAUAUAUGAGAAAGAACUAGAGAUAGAAGAAAAAAGAUUGGCUAAAGCUAACGACAAGUACUUGAAGUUCAAGGGAAAACUUUUGACCUUGCAAAAAAGACUACACCAGCCUAACUUGAAAAUAUCAGAAAAGACAAGAAUAGGUGUGCAGAUAGAAGAAUUGGAAGAAAAUGAAAUCAUGCAGUCCUUGAAAGACCUUGAAGAUAUAAAGGAAAGAAUGAAGAAGCUUAAAAGAAAUAUGCAACCAGUAACUCAAACACAAUCGGCAGAAUCGAACAUACCACAACAACUUCCAGAAGAAACUAGAGAAGAGUACCUUAUACGUACGGGUAAAAUUACGGCAUUUGGUACUGCAAAUGCGUUUAUCGAGGAGAACAAUGAUGCUGACAGAAUGCAAGUCCCUACCCACAAGAAUCUUAUAAUGCCUGGAUUCAAUAAUAUUGCGGUUGUGGAUGAAAAAGAUAAACCAGCUUCAAUCGAUUUAGAGUCCAUAGAAUUUUUAGCUGAUGCGGAAGAAGAAGGCGAUGAUGGCGAUUUCAAAAUUGAUUACGAUGAAAUCAACAGUGACGAUAUGGAUGAUGAUAGUGAAGUUAUUGAUGAAAUAUAUACUGAUGAUGAUAUAGAUGUUACCCAAAGGAAAAAGAGAAGAAAGAAAUCUGCUACUGAUGAAUUAAUAAUCGACAAUUUAGAUGAUGGUAAUGAAACGUUUUAUGAAAAAAGACUGAAUAAUUGGGUAAGCCAAAGAUCAGCUAUGAGGCUGCAAAACUCCCCAGAUUACGUUGAUGAUCCUUCUGUCCCAGAAUGGUACAAACCCCAUCCAACAAUCAAAGAUGCUAUUUUGAAUGAUAAAUUUAGACUACCGGGUGAUAUCUUCCCUAGUCUAUUUGAUUACCAGAAAACUUGUGUACAGUGGUUAUCUGAACUUUAUAAUCAAAAAACUGGUGGUAUAAUAGGAGAUGAAAUGGGAUUGGGAAAAACGAUUCAGAUGAUAUCCUUUCUUGCAGGUUUACAUUACAGUCAAAAUCUCAGGGGUCCAAUUCUUGUUGUAUGUCCGGCUACAGUUUUGAGACAGUGGUGCAACGAAUUUCACCGCUGGUGGCCCCCUUUCAGAGCUGUGAUUCUUCAUUCUAUAGGUGAAGGACUUUCCAAAACGAAGAGUAACAAACGAUCUGCUGAAGACGAUGAAGAUGAUGAAGAUCUUUAUGACUUAGAGAAUGAAGAUUACGGAUCGGUACCAACACUCGGAAGAACAAAAGAUAAUAAGGUUGUGAGAGAAUUGGUUGAGAAGGUAGUCAAAAAUGGCCACGUUUUAAUUACAACUUAUGCUGGGGUUAGAAUGUAUGCUAAGUAUUUAAUACCGGUAAAGUGGGGGUACGUUGUUUUAGAUGAAGGGCACAAAAUCAGGAAUCCCGAUAGUUUCAUAACCAUCACUUGUAAACAACUUAGGACGCCCAAUCGGAUAAUUCUAUCAGGUACCCCUAUUCAGAACAAUUUAAUCGAGUUGUGGAGCUUGUUUGAUUUUGUGUUUCCUGGAAGGCUAGGCACUUUACCCGUUUUUCAAAGGCAAUUUUGUGUACCUAUUAAUUUAGGAGGGUAUGCUAAUGCAACUAACGUUCAAGUUCAGGCAGGUUACAAAUGUGCAGUUGUUUUGAAAGAUUUGGUUUCACCAUACCUUUUAAGAAGGGUUAAAACUGAUGUUGCGAAGGAUUUGCCCAAAAAGACAGAAAUGGUACUAUUUUGCAAAUUAACACCAGAGCAAAGAAGGCUAUAUAAGAAGUUCAUUGAUUCUGCCGAUCUAAAGAGAAUACUUGAGGGGAAAAGAAACGCACUAUUUGGGAUUGACAUGUUAAGAAAAAUAUGCAAUCACCCAAACUUGGUGGAUUUGAAUCUCAAAGACAAAAAGAUCACCAAGCUUCCCUCAAUUGAAGAAUUGUCUUCAAAAUCUGGAAAAAUACAAGUAGUGAUGGCACUAUUAGAAUUAUGGAAAAGAGAAGAUAGAAAAACGUUGAUUUUUACACAAACGAAGCAGAUGUUAAAUAUUUUGCAGCAACUAUUGGAUCUGCUCAAUGAGAGUAGUGAAGGAGGUUACAAGUAUAUGAGAAUGGAUGGUUCAACUCCGAUCAUUCAAAGACAAAGUCUUGUUGACCAGUUCAACUUGAAUCCUCAGUAUAAGGUAUUUUUGCUAACCACUAGAGUAGGUGGCUUGGGAGUGAACUUGACGGGUGCGUCUAGAGUAAUCAUAUACGAUCCAGAUUGGAAUCCUUCUACUGAUAUGCAGGCAAGAGAACGGGCAUGGCGUCUAGGUCAAAAGCAGGAUGUUGCCAUUUAUCGAUUGAUAAUGGCCUCUUCAAUAGAAGAAAAAAUUUAUCAUCGUCAAAUCUUCAAACAAUUCCUAACCAAUAAGAUUCUCAAGGACCCUAAACAGAAGCGAUUUUUCAAGAUGACAGAUAUGUAUGAUCUCUUCACUUUAGGUGAUGAUGAUGUAAAAGGAACCGAAACUGCAGACUUGUUUGGUGCAGAUGAACAAACAUUCGAUGGCAUCAAGGAACGUAAAACAAAGUUUAAGUCCAGAUUGACAAACAACAAAUCUAAUACCCAUGCAUCACCGGAAGUUAAAGACGAAGGUGAUGAUGAUUUCCUCAAGGCUACCAGAUUAGCUGGUGUUUCAGGAUUAGAAGAAUAUAAUGACGAGCAAAUGCGAGAAAAAUCUAUGUUUGAUGAUGACGAUAGCAGAACCCAAGACUCAUCAGCUAGUGGCGGAAAUGAAAAGAACAUCAUGUCUGAAAUUUUUAAGAAGACAGGUAUUCAUUCUGCUGUUGAGCAUGAUUCCAUAUUGGAUAAGGGAAAUUACAACAGUGGAUUAGCCUCAUCCAUGGCUUUAAUUGACAAUGAAGCUACAAGAAUUGCCAACGACGCCGUUGCGGCCUUAAAAGAAAGUCGGAGUCUGACUAAAAAAAGCAAUUUUGCAGUCCCCACAUGGACUGGAAAAUUUGGGGCUGCAGGAAAGUUCAAUAGCGUUAACAAUAGUAAGAGACGGAAACUCCCUCAAAGUCAAACCCCUUUCUCGGAGAGAUCUUCCAGCCCUGCCUCAUCUAACUCUAUUCUUGCCAAUUUAAGAGCAAAGAAAGAGGCGACUAACAAGCGUCCUGCCUCGCAAUCACAAACCUUGAUAACGCAAUUAAGCAGUUACAUGGCUGGUGUUGAUGGAAAUUUCAGCAAGUCCAGUCAAAUACUUGAGCAUCUGGAUGUUGAUCUUUCGGAUGAGAAGACAGUAAAGGUGGUGAGAAAUAUGCUGAAGAGUAUAUGUUCCUGGGAUAAAGAGAAGAAAGGAUGGGUCUUAAAUCCGGAGUUUAGAUGA